AUGGCCGAAGAUGGAGACGCUGCUUCGUCACAGCUGCUGCGCGUGUGGACGGCAUCAGGGAAAGAGUUGGUCGCGCUGCCGGUGGAGGAGAUCGCCACUGCGAAGGCCCUGAAGCGACGUCUGCAGAGCCUCUGUGGCCUUCCAAGAUUUCAGCAGCGGCUCCUUCACGAAGGUACCGACCUCGAUGAUGAUUUUAGAUUCGCCGGAUCUCUGGAUCUGCAGCUGGUGCUCCUGAACCUCAGCGAUUCUGGCCUUGACUGUGUGGCACUUCACCGUUGUUGCUAUGAGGGAAGUGCUGCAGAAGCUGAGCGGAUACUGAAGAUUCCUCAAGAUCCCAACUGCCAGGUGCCGGAAGCCCAAAAAACCCUCAUCCGUAAGCCCGACACAUCUUGUACACCCUGCACACCCCCAUCAAUCCCUAACCCACGACCCCCAAAACCCUCGAAACCCAAAGCCUUCAAAAUUCAGAGCCCUCGAAACCCUAAACCGCCUAAACCCUCAAAACCAUCGAAACCCUAA